AUGUACGACAACCGAGAUGGAUCAGGCCCCAGCUUCAAGCGCCGGAGGAUAGAUGGAGGGAGAUUCCAGGACUCGGGCCGUUCGACACCACGCGACUCCCGCGCCGCGGAAACGCCAGCUCGUGACAUUCCGGAGCCGACCGACGAAGACUCGAAAGCGCUGGAUCGCGACUGGUAUAUGGGCGACGAAUUCGGCGGACACACAUUCGGUGAUGAUUCGCACAACCCCUUUGCGUCGUAUGCAUCAUGGGAGGCCGAGAAGCAAGAAGCUGUUAAGGCGGAGAAGAUGUCAAGUCGCUUCGACGCGCGGAAGGAGCAGCGACAGAGGGAAAACGAUGCGUGGGAGACGAAUCGGAUGCUGGUGUCCGGCGUGGCGCAGAGGAGGGACAUGGGUGCCGAUUUCGACGAUGAUGAGGCUACGCGUGUUCAUCUUUUGGUGCACGACCUGCGGCCGCCUUUCCUCGAUGGCCGAACCAUCUUCACGAAACAGUUGGAGCCUGUCCCCGCUGUGCGCGACUACCAGAGCGACAUGGCCGUAUUCAGCCGGAAAGGCAGUAAGGUGGUGAAGGAGGCGCGCCAGCAGCGGGAACGCCAACGGCAAGCACAAGAGGCCACAAACAUUGCCGGUACCGCCUUGGGAAACCUGAUGGGCGUGAAGGAGGACGACGGGGACAGCGCGCUACCCGUCGCUUCGGAGAACGACUCGAAGAAGAAAGGCGGAGACGAACCCGUAGAGAACGGCAACAGCAACAAGUUCAGCGACUAUAUGAAAAAGGACGAAGGUGGGGGCAGUGACUUUAGCCGAAGCAAAACUCUCCGCGAGCAGAGACAGUAUCUGCCUGCAUUCGCGGUCCGUGAGGAUUUGAUGCGCGUCAUUCGGGAGAAUCAGGUCAUCAUCGUCGUCGGUGAGACGGGGUCUGGCAAGACGACUCAGCUGACGCAAUUCCUCCACGAGGACGGGUUUGGAAAGUCGGGCAUGAUUGGGUGCACGCAGCCGAGACGUGUAGCCGCAAUGAGUGUAGCCAAGCGUGUCGCCGAGGAGAUGGAGGUGAAGCUCGGCAGCACGGUGGGUUACGCCAUCCGAUUCGAGGACUGCACCAGCAAGGACACUGUCAUCAAAUACAUGACUGACGGUGUCCUGCUGCGAGAGUCGCUCAACGAGCCCGAUCUUGACAGGUACUCGUGUGUCAUCAUGGACGAGGCGCACGAGCGCGCCUUGAACACGGACAUCCUGAUGGGACUGUUCAAAAAGAUUCUCCAGAGACGGCGGGAUCUGAAGCUAAUUGUCACGUCCGCGACCAUGAACGCGAAGCGGUUCUCAGACUUCUACGGCGGAGCACCGGAGUUCAUCAUCCCUGGCCGAACCUUCCCUGUCGAUGUCAUGUUCCACAGGUCGCCGGUCGAGGAUUAUGUGGACCAGGCAGUACAACAGGUCUUGGCCAUUCACGUAUCCAUGGACCAGGGCGAUAUUCUCGUCUUCAUGACGGGACAAGAAGACAUCGAGGUCACCUGCGAGCUGAUUCAACGGCGGCUCGACGCGCUCAACGACCCUCCAAAACUCAGCAUCCUGCCCAUUUACAGUCAGAUGCCUGCAGAUUUGCAAUCCAAGAUUUUCGACAGGGCAGCGCCGGGCGUGCGCAAGUGCAUUGUCGCCACGAACAUCGCCGAGACGAGUUUGACCGUCGACGGUAUCAAGUAUGUGGUGGACGCCGGAUAUAGCAAGAUGAAGGUAUACAACCCGAAGAUGGGUAUGGACACCCUCCAGAUCACCCCCAUCUCGCAGGCAAACGCAUCGCAGCGCUCGGGACGUGCCGGCAGAACGGGCCCCGGCAAAGCCUUUCGCCUGUUCACCGAGAAGGCGUUCAAGGAGGAGCUGUACAUGCAGACGAUCCCGGAAAUCCAACGGACGAACCUGAGCAACACGGUACUUAUGCUCAAGUCCUUGGGUGUCAAGGACUUGCUUGACUUUGACUUUAUGGACCCGCCACCGCAGGACACCAUCACAACGUCCAUGUUUGACCUGUGGGCGUUGGGUGCUCUGGAUAAUCUGGGCGAGCUGACGCCGCUUGGCAGAAAGAUGAGCGCGUUCCCCAUGGACCCGUCGCUCUCCAAGCUUCUCAUCACGGCCGAGGAAUACGGCUGCAGCGAGGAGAUGAUCACCAUCGUGUCCAUGCUCUCUGUUCCAAACGUCUUCUACAGACCAAAGGAACGCCAGGAAGAGGCAGACGCGCAGCGCGAAAAGUUUUGGGUGCACGAGUCGGACCACUUGACGUAUCUGCAGGUGUACUCGGCGUGGAAGUCGAACGGAUGCUCGGACGGCUGGUGCAUCAAGCACUUCCUCCACCCCAAGUCGCUGCGCCGCGCCAAGGAGAUUCGAGACCAGCUGCUCGACAUCAUGAAGAUGCAGAAGAUGGAGAUGCUCAGCUGCGGCAUGGACUGGGACAUCAUCCGCAAGUGCAUCUGCAGCGGCUACUACCACCAGGCGGCCAAAUACAAGGGCUCGGGCGAGUACAUCAACCUCCGCACUAACCUCGGCGUGCAGCUGCACCCGACGUCGGCCCUGUACGCGGGCCACCCGCCCGACUACGUCGUCUACCACGAGCUCAUCCUGACGUCCAAGGUGUACGUCUCGACCGUCACGGCGGUGGACCCGCACUGGCUGGCCGAUCUGGGCGGCGUGUUCUACUCGGUCAAGGAGAAGGGGUACUCGGUGCGGGACAAGCGCAUCACCGAGACCGAGUUCAACCGCAAGAUGGAGAUCGAGGCGAAGAUGGCCGAGGACAAGAAGAGGGAGGAGGACAGAUUGGAGGCCGAGAAGGAGAGGUCCGCGAAGAAGAAGCCCGGCACGGUCGCGGUGGGAGGGAAGAAGAUUAUCACGCACGGUGCUGUGAGAAAGCCCGUUAUUAAGCGAAGGGGCAGAGGCGUUUAG